CUUGUUCUCAAUAAAACGAUUAUGGCUAGCCAAAGAUUUGCUCGUCCGAUUUUUGACAAUCCUUUCCUUAAGAUUCAAGAAUUACCAGGCAACACAGUUAAACGUAACUCUGAAUCCCUCAAAAAAGCCAAUUGUGAUCCAAAAGGCACAUCAUUAGUCGUAACUAGAGACGUUGAUCUUGACACAACAAAAAACACUUGGCUUCGACUAUACGUCCCAAGACGUUUAACAAAAAAUCCUACUCCUAAGAAAUUGCCACUCAUUAUGUACUAUCACGGUGGAGGCUUUGUUUAUUUCCAUGCGAAUACUUUUAUAUUCGAUGUGUUUUGCCAGGCACUUGCUGAAAGAGUUGGUGCUAUGGUCAUCUCACUCGAGUAUCGUCUCGCCCCUGAACAUCGCCUUCCUGCUGCUUAUGAUGAUGCUAUGGAUGGGUUAGAAUGGCUCAAGACUACUAAGGAUGAAUGGGUUUGUAAUUAUGCUGAUUUGAGUAAAGUUUUUCUUGGUGGAACUAGUUCUGGAGGCAAUUUAGCUUAUAAUACAGGGCUACGUGCGGCAGCUAUGGCAAAAGAACUAGAGCCAAUAAAGAUCAAAGGUUUAAUAUUACAUCAUCCAUUUUUUAGUGGAAAAAACAGGACAGAAUCAGAGGAAAAACAGAAAGAUGAUCAACUUCUACCACUUCAUGCAGUAGACAAAAUGUUCGACUUAUGUUUACCAAAAGGAGUAGAUCAUGAUCAUGAAUACUGUAAUCCAUGUGCUAAUGGAGGAUCAAAACAUUUAGAUGACAUGAAAGAGUUAGGAUGGAAAGUAUUUGUGAGUGGUGCAUGUGAAGAUCCACUAGUUGAUGCUGCUCGUGGAUGUGUAAGGUUGAUGGAAGAAAAAGGUUUAAAAGUAUUCAAGUUUUUUAGAGAUGGAUAUCAUGCUAUGGAAGUGUUUGAUCAAUCAAUGGCUGCUGCUUUAUAUGAUGCUGCUAAAGAUUUCGUCUAUGCUGCUAGUAGAACUUAAAUUUUUUU